CAGAGAAGUGGGUCCCGUUACGUUCGGGGUGAAGAACCCUGGCUGUUCCUUGAACUUGGCGGGAGCCAGUCCGAACUUAGGCGGUGGUCCAAGCUUUCUUGGCAAGUUCCCAACAUUUGCUCUCGCGCAGAUCAGUUCGUUUCUCACAUAACAAUUACCGAAGCACCUCGACUCAAUUCAGGUUUACGCACUGCAGUCGCCAUCAUGGCAUCCUUUGCUGCAGCAUGCCGCCUGUCUGCGCGGUUAGCGACGCGGAAACUGCAGUCGGAUGCGGCUGUCAGAGGGUUCCGGACAUCGGCCAUCGCUCUGGCCGCCCAGAAUUUCACCAUGCCCGCCCUGUCCCCCACGAUGACCGAGGGAAACAUUGCAACCUGGCGGGUCAAGGAGGGUGAGAAGUUCUCAGCUGGUGACGUCCUCUUGGAGAUCGAGACGGAUAAGGCGACGAUGGAUGUCGAGGCGCAGGAGGACGGCAUCUUGAUGAAGAUCAUGCAAGGCGACGGAAGCAAGGGUGUGCAGGUUGGCACCAGGAUAGCAGUCGUUGCUGAGGAGGGGGACGACAUCAGCUCGCUCGAGAUCCCCGCCGACGUGAGCCCUCAACGAACGCAGACCGCCGAGGCGCCCAAUGUGUACGAGACGCAGACUUCGGCUGCCCCGGAACCCGAAGCCGCACCACCUUCGACCGCGGGUCCCAAGGCCGCCGCAAAGCCAGGAGCGAAGACUAUGAAGCACAACUACCCUCUGCUCCCAUCGGUGGCACACCUCGUCAAGGAGAACGGCCUGGACGAGUCUGACAUCAGCGGCAUCAUCCCUACCGGACCUAACGGCCGUCUCCUCAAGGGUGACGUACUCGCUUAUCUAGGUAAAAUCAACGCCAAGAUUCCGUCCGAGAUCUCGUCGCGGUUCGACAAGGCGUCACAUCUGGAUCUGAGCAACAUCAAGGUCGCCAAGGCCCCCGAGCCCAAGAUGCCACUCAAGGAGGCUGCGCCAGUACCGCCUCCAGUCCCCGUCAAAUCGCUUGUAACGCUUCCGGUCUCCCUGUCGGCCGUUAUCGAGGCUCAACAGAAAAUCCAGAAGUCUCUUGGCGUGUUCCUCCCCCUCUCGACCUUCAUCGCCCGCGCCACAGAGAUUGCCAACGACGAGCUCCCGCUACCCGCGGGGUACCAGCCCACAGUAGACGAGCUGUUCAAUCAGGUCUUGGGCCUGGACAAGGUCACUGGCCCUAAAGUAUCACGGGGCUCUUACAUCCCGCAGAUUGCCGCCAUCCCGCCCGCGUCUGCCCUGCCUACCCGCUCCGCCCUGGCUAAGAAGGUGGACAUCAUCGACAUACUUGCGGGGGGAACGUCGAAGCCGAAGCGGGCUGCGAAGACAACAGUGAUCCCGGGGGCAUCUACUGGGCCGAAUGUCUUCAGCCUGCAGGUACCCAAGACUGAGGAGAGGAGGGCACAGGUUUUCCUUGAGAGGGUUAAGCUUGUCUUGGAGAACGAACCUGGGAGGCUGGUGCUGUAACGUGGAAUUACUGGAACGGGUCUUUGUGUCCAGUCAGUGUAAGAGGCAAAUCGAAUUCAGAGCAUAGAUACUCUUUUUUUUAUCUUACAGUGGGCGGCCAUCCAAGUGUCAUUGGGCCUUUUAUCGCCCGUGCAUGGGCGGCAUGGAAGAGAGAGCUGCGGAC